UGAAGAAAGGGGUCCCAAGCAAGCUUGUGAGGAAGGGUUAGGGGAGGGAAGGAAGCAACAGAAGGGCCUGAUUUUUUUUGCCAUCUUUUGUCCAUCUCUUCCCCCUCCUGUUGAAAGGAUGAAUGCAGGAAAGCCCCUGGCCCCCUCCCACAGAAUGUCAGCCAGUGAAGUCUGUUUCCUGAGUAAGGAGGGCGGCCCUGAGAAGAGAAGCAGAGCUGCUAAGCCCACACCCCCAUUGCCAUAACCUCUCUGGCUCUUCUCGGACUUUCAGAACAGGACACACCCUUGCAGCCCCAGAUAAACAAGCUGAGUUUUAGGAUUUUAUCCUCAAGGUCUUCUCCCUUCUCUCUCCAUCACACUUCUUACAGGUACCUGCUACCCCCAUGUCAACCAGUCCUAAUUCCUUGAUGGGGCCUAGCCCUUCUGAGACCCCCUCCUCAAUGCUCUUCAGUGACUGGGAUGACAUCCAUAACUGGACAGAACUGAUACAUUUCUUCAACCAUACCUUUUCUGAGUGUGAAGUCAACCUCAACGAAAAUGCCAAGCGUGUGGUCCUCUUUGUACUCUACCUGGCCAUCUUUGUGGUUGGGCUAGUGGAGAACCUGCUAGUUAUCUACAUCAACUGGAGAAGCCUGGGCCAAGGGAAACUGCUCAAUCUCUAUGUCUUCAACAUGGCCGUGGCUGACUUGGGUAUCAUCCUGUCUCUGCCUGUGUGGAUGCUGGAAGUCACUCUGGACUACACAUGGUUGUGGGGUAGCUUCUUCUGCCGCUUCACACACUACUUUUAUUUUGCCAACAUGUAUAGCAGUAUCUUUUUCCUAACCUGCCUCAGCAUAGACCGGUAUGUCACACUCACCUACUCCUCCCCUUUCUGGCAGCAACAUCAGCACCGCGUGCGGAAAGGAGUAUGUGCAGGUGUUUGGGUCCUUUCUGCCCUCAUCCCACUGCCAGAGGUAGCUCACAUCCAUCUGAUAGAUGCCACAGAUCCGAUGUGCCUGUUCUUGGCACCAUUUGAAACAUAUAGCACAUGGGCGCUGGCUGUGACCCUCUCUACCAUAGUCCUGGGUUUCUUAUUACCCUUUCCACUGAUGGUAGUCUUUAAUGCGCUGACUGUUUACCAGCUACAUCAGGUGGGACGGCCAGAGGCUCGGCGCCACGGACUAUUGGUUUGUGCCUAUGUGGCUGUUUUUGUGGUCUGCUGGGUGCCCUACCAUGUAACACUGCUGCUGCUCACACUACAUGGGAACCAUAUCUUCCUCCACUGCUCCAUGGUCUAUGUCCUCUACUUCUUCUAUGAUGUCAUUGACUGUUUAUCGAUGUUGCACUGUGUGGCUAACCCUAUCCUCUACAACUUUCUUAGUCCCAGCUUUCGUAACCGAUUGAUGGGUGCUGUGGUCCAUUAUAUCCCCAAGGACCAGACCAGGAAAGGCAGGGGUUCUUCUUCCUCCUCCACCACCAAGCAUUCGAUUGUCAUUACUAAGGAGGGAGCCCAAACCAACUAGAUAGGACCCUCUCCUCCCAACUCCCCACCACGUCGGAGCCUGCACUUCCAGAAAUGUGCAUUAUCCUUCCUUAAUUCUAAACACCUCAUCUCUCCCCAUCCCUCAAUCUGAUAUGCCCAACUCUGAUGGAUUCCUGUUUCAGACUUUUCUGCUGAGGAGAGACAGUUUUCCAGACUUAAAAAGAAUGCAAAAAUCAAGUGGGGUCACAAAGAGUUGGACACAACUGAAACAACUGAACAACAACAAAAAGCAAGGGAGGACAAUGCACCUGAAGGCAAGAGAUGGGGUAUUUACAUACAGUGAUUAGCACAGAGUGUUAAUUCUGGUAUAUACUGAAAUUGGGAACAGGUCCACAGAAUUGUUAUGACCAUUUGCCCAAUUCAAUUUCUCUCUCUAUGGGUUCGGAAUCAGGCACAAUUCUUCAGAAGUAUCUGUAAUAUGGGCAGGGAGAAGGGAACAAAAGUCAGAAUUAUCUGGACCCCUGACCCUAGAAUAACUGGCACUUCAAAGUGGUGGGGGAGGGAGGGAAGGGCAGGGAGAUGGAAAGGGACUCAACAAAGGAAGCUGGAAACACCACAAAUCACCCUAACCAGAAGGACAAACCUGGCAGUAGCCUCAGACUUGUCUUUUUUUGCGUAUAUACUGAAUUCACUGAACUAUCCUGGAUCUGAGGACAGGAUGCUAGAGGCCAAGGAGCUAGGAGGCCACAAGCAGGAUAUCCCCAAGGUCCCACUGUUUUGAACUAAGAGUAUAUAUCUUUAGUGUAAGGAUAAGUAAAGCAGAGGUAGGGGAGACAAGCUAGAGGAAGCUGCCUAAAUAUCUGGAGUCUAACACAAUUGUCAUGAAGCUGGAUCAAGAUUACACUUCUCCUCCCAAGACUGCUGGAAAUAGCUCAGCUUGGUCUUCCUCGUUCCCCACGUUCCUGGCAAGGGCUGGAAAGUUCAGUAUUGGGACCUACAGACCAGUUCUAACAUCCAUCUCAAGGAUGUUCUCCUUUUUGCGUUUCUUUGAAGCCAAAUGUACAUUUUACUUUUCUGUGUAGAUAUAUCAACAACUUACCUACACACUUAGCCUGGGGAAAGGGCAAGUUAAUGGGUAUUAAUGAGAGGGUUUUAGGCCAACAAGAACUACAAGACUAAGUCUCCAUUGCCUUUGGCAAGCCCUGGCUUCAUAAUUCUCCCCAGGGAUAAGCAAUCAUGAACUUACACACUCCUUCUACCUACCUACUCCCCCGAUGAAAGCAAGCAGUAGGCACAGAAUAUCUCUUCCAGAACAAGUUUGUAACCUUUGUUCCAUGAACUUGUUUUCCAAAAUAUUUUGAUAAACAUAUUUCGAUAUCAUUGA